UAAACAAAAAGAGAGUACAGUGUUACUGCAUAGUGAGUACUUUUACUCUUCGUUCUUGAAGAAUAGUACUUUUUGAGUACUUCUUCCACCAUUACUGCCUCCAUGAAUACCUGGGCAGGUAGCAGUACCUCAGUGAACAGGUGUGCAGCCACUGGAUGGUCAGCUGACCUGACCUGCGGGGCUUCUGUGAAAUCCUGAGUAAACAAAGAAACAAAGAUAAGACCUGCGGGAAAGUCGCUGUGAGGACAAACAUCGCAGCUGAACGCUGACGUCAGCGCGUAUUAAAACUUUCUAAAAAUUCUGUGCUGUGAUUCACACUCUCUCACUUUCACUACAUGACACAAUAGACUUUGACCCCCCCCCCCCGAGCGCAGAGCGCUGUUCGGACUGGUCGUUAAAUAAAGUCAGUCCCGUUCAGAUCGAAACAAAAACCUCCACAAACGUCCACUUUUAUCACAAUCGAACGCAAACAUCCACAGUUUGAUGGCACAGACACGUGAGUGCAGUUAUGUUCAGGACCGUCUGUGAUUUUCAGUGUCAGACGCUGUCGUGUAUUUUUAUGAUAUUUAGAUAAAGUUCUUGUAGCUGCUGGUGUUCAGACAUUAAACGCUGACGCAGUGAGAAGUUUUGUCAGGUUUUCAAUGAGAACGCUGCUUUUGCAGGAACUUUUGGAGAUUCCUGUUUCAUCCUGAUGAAGAUUUCGACUUUUAUUCUGAUUUUUAAUUAUCAGCCCUGAAAUUCCUCUGGAAGAAGCUGAAAACUGAUGAAUUCUCUUUGCAGCGACAAGCAAAAACUGUCUGAUCCCGACGGUUUCAUUCAGUGAACUGAAACCGCUUCAUGAAUCAAUCAAUCAAUCAAUCAAACUUUAUUUAUACAGCACUUUUCAUCCAUUUAAAAUGCAACACAAAGUUGCAGAUGAAAUCAAACGCUGGCAUCAUCUAAAUGAAAGAGAAACACAACUUCAUGUUCCACUCAUUUGUUUUCCUUUGCCCUUCAUCACCUUAACGGAUGUUACCAGCUAAAAUGUUUCUGAUUGGCCUCAGAGGACGAUGAGUCAGCGGCGAGCAGGAGUUUAACUGUAAGUACUUACAGUAAAUCAGAUCCUUCAGCUUGAAGCCGACAAAGAAAGUCAGAAACCCGUCCAGCGAUCAACAUGAGUGGAAACUCCCGAGCUCGAGCAGGAAGAGGAGGAAGAGGCGGCAGCAGAGGCCACAGGGUUUUCAGCUGGGAAAGUAAAGCCGGAUCACCUAUUACAUCUUUGGAGAGAUGAUUAUCUCCUUCAGUUACACAAUAUCUGCGACAGCAGCGUCCCACAAUGCAACAGAGGCACCGCAGGCGUCCAGCAGGAGAGGAUUAUGUUGGGGAAACUCGACUCGAGGAAGGAAGUAGUUUCACACUGAAGCUGGUUAGUGAAGGAGAUUUCAACCAAGGCCGCCUACUGUUGUCACGGAAACGGCGCUUUCCUUUGCGACCUUCCUGGCCAGCUAGCUUUGAGCUAGCUGACACACAGUGCGGUGAAUGAAAGAGUGUCAGCAGGUACUGUGGGGAAUAAUCACUGCCUCUGAUGAAAGCUGCCACAGAGGGCCUGACAGGAACUACCUCCAUCAGAUCUGAGUCCAGCAUCGCCACAGCGACACAAGCACCUCUCCUAUUGGACGAUCCUGAUCAUGUGUCUGCGGGCAGCUGCUCGCUGACACGCAAGAACAGCGACUUUCAAACUGAGUGGUUUCUAAUCUGCACCUGCUACGUGGAGUAAAAAUAAGAAACUUUAUUUCAUGUUUGCUCAUUUGGAGGAAAAUGGAGCAAAACAGAGAGUCUGCAGCCAAACUGGCGGCUCUGUGCAGCUACAUGGAGCUAAAUGCUAUGCUAACAAGAACGCUGCUAAUUAAUAAAGUGAAAGGUUCACCAUUCGUUAAGUGCUGACAUUUGCUACAAAGGCUGAGGCUGAUGGGAAUGUCUUUACCUGUGCAGGUGGUUGGUCAUCAACUAAAGGAUUGAACACAUGAAAUGUUGACCUGAUGGUGGCGCUAAUGAAACGUCGCAGAAUCACAGAAGUUAGCACAGUUCAUCCUGAGGGGAGCGUGAAUAUCUGAGCCACAUUUCAUCACAGUCCAUCUGAUAGUUGCUGUUCAGUGUGGACCAGAGUGACGGACACGCCGACAGACGGACUUCUGGCUCGUACAGCUGCUCUGAGACCAGUUCUAACCUAUAAGACAACAGCAAGAAAGCAUCAAACAAGAAGAAGAUUGGCCACAAACCGGCCUGUGGCUCUGCUAAAAAGAUGUUUUUCUGUUUGGUUUCUGGUGGAGGUCGUUGACCAGCGCGAUGCAUUUAUCAGCCCACUCAGUGCCGGCAGGAACUCUCGACUGUCUGAGGCAACGACCGAAAAGUGUCAUUCUGAAACUAAACCUUCGUCCUCAGAAGUUCAGGACAAACAUGUCAGUCGCUAAAGCGCUGAACUGCAGCCCGACAUGUGUCGCAGUCUGUGGGGAACCCUCAGACUUGGUUCAGUCCGGCCUGGCUCAGCACCUGUCUUGGAUUUGUUGUCAUAUACUCGUCACACUGAUCUCAUGGCAGUAUACUUUAUAUAAUACUGCUAUGGAGUAUUUCCCAUAAGCUGAUUCGCUCCGACGUAUGUUGAGAUUUUGCUUUUAAAAGGUUUCUGCUGGAAACUGUUGGACUCAUUGAACUUAUUUCAUGUUGGACCAUUACAGACCAGGACAUUAGUCCAGUUUGUCCUCUGGUUGGUGCUCAAGAAAAGCUCAUUGAGAUCUGAUGGGUUCGUCCUCUGGAGAGCAGGAAUGUGAUCAGGAGGUGUCAUGAUGGUGGAUCUGUGGAAACUGAAGGAAUCGUCAGGGUUCUUCACCCUGACGGCGUGGUCAGCAGACGUAGAGGUACCUCAGUGAUGUGACUCAUCAACACCUGUUCACACCUGUAACCUGCAGCCUGAGGACGGACGUGUCCUCGCUCUGCUGCCGUCACACCGGGAUGUUUUGCAGUACUUCUGAGGACAGAGAACAGUGUGUAUUCCUGUGGAAAUGGCUCCAUCUAGUGUCCAUGAGCAGUCAGUUCACAGUGUUACAGCAGCCCAUUGAACCACCUGAGGGGGCGUAACCUGCGCAUUGUUCUCCACCUGUAUCACCACGAGCUGCGCAGACUUGCAGCGCGUGUCGUCGAGCAGGUCGAGGCUGCUCAUUGGUCAGAGCGCGCCUGUACGGCGAGUGGUGAUUGGCUGAGCGGCCUGUCUGCUGUGGACGGAGUCGAACCGAGGCUGAGGACGACAGACAGACUCCAGGUCUGCGGUCUCGCGGCAGGAUGGGCUCCGGCAGCUCCAGCGUGAACGACAUCCCCGACAGCCGCCAGCUGAUGCAGGAAACCGGCUUCUCUGCUGCCACCAUCCUUCGUCUCUAUGAGAGGUUUGACUUUCUGGACAAAGACAAGAGUGGAAAGCUCAGGCCUCAGGACUUCGGAGCAGUCCGGGAACUGGCCCUGAACCCCAUCGGAGACCGAAUCAUCAGCUCCUUUUUCUCUCCCGGACAGGAAACAGUGGACUUUGCGUCCUUCGUUCGGAUUCUGGCUCAUUUCCGUCCCGCGGAAACAAACCGAAGCAGAGACGGAGCCCAGAAGGAGCCGGCCAACAGCAGCACCAGGAAGCUCAAAUUUGCUUUCCAGUUGUAUGAUCAGGACAGAGAUGGAAAGAUCUCCAGAGCGGAGCUUCUUCAGGUGUUGCGGGCGAUGCUGGAGAUGCAGGUGACAGAGGAGCAGCUGCAGAGCAUCGCCGAGCGAGCCAUCCGGGAGGCCGACCUGGACAAAGACGACGCCAUCUCCUUCGACGAGUUCCGAAAGUCGCUGGAGAAAGUGAACAUCGAUCACAUGAUGAGUAUUCGCUUCCUGAGGUAAAGACACAACCUGCGAACAUUCUCCCUGUUUCUGUUAAAAAGAAGACGAUCAGGAAGAGACUGAAAGCUGCUAAAACCUGCGAGAGACAGGAAGGAGCUGACACUAAGCCGACAGAAUGUAAUCGAUGAAGUGGGACGGGGAUCAAAUUCACCUUCCAGACCCAGAAUUCAAUUCUGUAAAAACCAGCCGCUGAACACAGAACAACCAGAAAACCAGCUCAGCACGUGAGAGUAGAGAGACAAGCUCAACUGAGCCGAGGUGGUGGUUUCCGAUGACGAAGAGGAGACGGGCCACAGGUGGAUCUGAUGAUGGUGACGGAGGCUCACACACAGGCUCAGUCCAACUGAGGAGAACAGCGACAUUUAAAAAGAGGUUUUUACUUUGAUGAUGUCGUUUCUGGUUGAGCCUGCUUGUUACGAGAUGUUGAAAUGAUUGUAAAGGUCUGAACCGUCCACCUGCAGCGAGAAAUGAGCUCUUCAGAAUCUCAUUCUGUGCAUUUAGUCCUAAAUAAACACCUUCA